UUGAAUGGGACAUCAUCAGUUUAUGAGAAAAUGAGAGUGCAGGUCAAAGUCCAGAGUAUUUGCUUAUUUGAAUGAAAAUACCUAUUCAAUCAGUUGAAUGUAUGGUAUCGGUUGGGCUGGCUUUGGUACUGUACAUGUAGCUGAAAUGAAGCAUGUACAUGUACCUUCAUUCACAUGUGCAAAAUUGAAUUGGGUAUUCCCAACAGUGCACACACAUACAGUAUUUGAUGGUGUGCUGUGUACACAUGUACAUGUACACUGUAUCCUGCUUCACUGACUGCAGUUAACCACUGAUCCGUGACAGCAGUCUGCAUUGUGACCAGUAUUUAUGCAGUCCUCUGCCUUCGUGGCGGUUGGGUGUGUCAUAUCGGUGUUGUAAAAUUUCACAAAGUUCUCUGGAGCUGUUCCUCUGUAAUUUUCUUGGCACGAUGUCUUCUGACAAGGCUAUGUAUCCCGGGAUGGGAAGUAAUUCUACCUACCAGUUUCCCACCACAUGCACCACACUUGGGCGUGUUGGUGGCUUGAAAGUUGCUCUGGAUAAGGACUUUGCCAUAUCAACCCGGCGACAGCACCGGGAGCCCAAGCGAGACACCCAGUUGGAUGCUGUGUUGAAUAACAUCACCCCUGGUCAGGGAACCAUGUUGCACCUAGCCUCAAAGUUGGGUAAUGCAGAUGUCGUGCGUGCCCUCCUGAUAUCUGGUGCAGACCCAUCAGUGCUUGAUGAGGAAGGAGUCACAGCGUACGAGAGUUCAUUUUCAGAUCAGGUGACGCGAGUGUACCACGAUGUACUGCUGCAGGCGGUAGCCCAAUCCAAUGUGGCCUUAGCCAGGAAUCUGCUGAAAGCAGGAGUUGAUGUGAACAUCGAAGACGACGCGGCAACCAGUAACUCAGCGCUACACUGGGCUGCAUCCUAUGGCAACAGGGAGACGGUCAAACUCCUACUCGAAAACAAAGCAGAUAUCAAUGCAGCCAACGUAGAUGGGGCGACACCUUUGCACGAUGCGGUAGCCAGGGGAGAUGAGGGAAUCAUUUAUGAACUUGUCGCCGGUGGAGCCAACCGGAAGGCUAAGGCAAAGAAAGGGAAGUUUGCAGACAAGACGCCCAUUUCCUUAGCGGAAGACAAACCAAAAUUGAAGAGAGCGCUUGAUGGUCUUAAACUUGCCAAUGGGGAUGUUAAAACAGCAAAGCCAGCUGCCAAGUCCAAGCCCAUCUCUCCACUUACGCCGCUGACUCCAAUGUCGGACACAGACGUGCAACAGAAGUUGUCGGAACUACUGACUACACAGAAGCAUGCCAGACACUCACAGACUAGUCCGGUAACUGAUGAAAAGUUCCAGCUCAUUUGGCCCAAACCACAGAGCAUGGUCAAGAAGACGGGGAACCCACUCAAACUCAAGCCCCAUUUCCUUGUCCGGGUAGCCGCCGGGCCAUCAGCAAGCAGUGAUUAUCUACAGCAGAUGGUGGACAUCUGGAGUAUACACGGACCCAUCUUAGGAGACAUGGGCUUCAAGUGUAUCCUGGAGUGUGCCGUCAGGAAAGAGUACCCAGACCCCUACAUCCUGUGCCAGUACGUUCCCAAUCUCUUCACGGGCAAAGAACAGUACAGGAUCAGUGUCGCCGACAAACAGAUGACUAUCCAGUGUUCAGACUUCAGUGGGUUGUGGAAUGCCAGUUGUACAGUGGUACAGCUCAUCCGACUCUUCAACGAGGAUGGUAUUCCAGCAGUGCAGAUUUCAGACUGGCCUGAUCUUCGAUACAGGGGCGUGUCCUUAGACAUCUCAUGUGGGAGGGUGCCUAAAUUAGAUUUCCUGAUGCACCUUGUCAACAUAUUAACCCUUCUGAAGUUUAAUGAGCUUCAUCUGUACAUGAAAAGCGUCGAAGGGGAGGAAGUUGAAGGAAUCAUGCCGUACUCUGAGAGUGAGCUUCUGGAUCUAGAGAUUUAUUCACGGUGGCGAUACAUGGACAUCAUUCCUCAUUUAGACAUUCAUUCCAAGACGGAACUCGCUCCUAAGCAGAUGGAGAUGUUCAAGCAGAUUCUGACUUCGUUCGGGUCGACAAGCUCGGUCAACAUUGGUGCCACUCUCACCAAGAAGCUGCUGACCCCCUCGGAGGACAGCCCCGCUGGUGCCUCGCACAUCGCCCAGCUGGACAUGCAGGACCGUCUGCGCCUGAUGGGCAUCAAGGACAGCCACUGCGUGCGGUUCUGUGCCAACGAGGUGGACUUGAAUGCGGAGAUUGUUGCAAAGCUACCUGUGGGUAGUGUGGCAAUGCACUACGGAUGCAAGGUUGAUUAUGACUACAGUGUGGCAUGCACGGCUCUCACAGAGGCAGGAAUGCCUUUCAUGGUUUGUCCCGGGACUGCUGCGUGGGACAGCAUUGUUGGCUGUCCAGAGGCGGCCAUGAACAACAUUCACAAUGCUGUCCAAUCAGCUGCCCUCUCUCCCUGUGCCAUGGGUCUGCUGGUCACGGAUUGGGCGGGAUCCAUGCACAUCAACCAGCCCACUAUCAGCUUCCCCGGUUUUGCAACGGCCAGUGGCCUUGCAUGGAAUAAAAGCGUGCCUCUGGAUUUCGUCAGUACCAAGCUUGCAGACAUCAUCAACCACUAUUUCUUCAUGGACGGCGCCUGCGGCUUGGGCCAGGUGAUCGUGGAGCUGGGGCGGGCUGAGACUUUCCUGACUCGGUCAGCUUGGGACAUGGCCGAGGGUCAGCUUGCCAACAUCCCCAAUCCCAAGGGUUCUUUCCUGUGCCAGCUCAUCACCAGACCAGACGACGUGGACUUGAAACAUGUCACCCCCGAAGUCAUACAGAAAACCCUGAAGCACCUCCGUAAGAUACAAGCCUCUCUGGAAUCGUGUGAGAAGACCCCAGUGCAGGAGUUUGCUAUUGUGGAGCUUCAACUGGCGACAGACAUCAUCCUGUGGGCUAGCAGGGUGGCUCGCGUCCUUGUCCUGGCUGGCAAGAAGCCUGAUGGUGCAUCGGUAGGCUCGGCCGUCGUCAAUGUUGGUCUAGCCAAUGCUAACGAGACAGCAAAGACAGACUGUGCCAACAAACUGCUGAGCAUCAUGGACAUGUACCGCAAGGUGUGGCUCCACACCAACCACACCUCGGGGCUCCUUGAGUGCCUGGAAAUCUUCAAGGACAUCCUGGAGAAACUUAUUCCCAAUAACUCGGACGACUUGAAGAACAGUCAGGGACAGAAGAAGGAAUGAACAGCAUAGCGACCACCAUUAAUUACCGUGGUCCGCUGAUAUUACAUUGUCGCAAAUGUGAGAAACUGUCUUUCUUUCAUAGAAUUUACAGUGAUUUCAGUGAGAAUGUUAUAUUUCAGUAUUGCAAUAGGGUAAAUUCAAGUAAGAGUCGCUGCAUUUUCGAAAGUGCUCCCGAAGGAAACAUGGACGUUAACUUUUGAAAACUGUGUGCCUCAUUUCAAACAGUGGUCUAUAUGCCACCAGCCUGGCUAUUUGGUUCAGUACAGCAAUCGCAUAUGCACAAGUUUCAGAAACUUUUGUUGUUGCAGGUGCGCAGGUUUUAAAUUUUUCUUGUUCAGCAUAAUUAUCAAAUUGUAGAUAAAUGAUUUCACUUCAGCAAAGAAACUGGACCAUUUUGGAACACAGACCUAGGGGCUACUGCGCAGCUGCAUAGUAAAUUGCUGAAGGUUUCACUUUAUAAAACCUGGUGGUGUUGGUGUUGUGAUGUCAGUCAGUAUUUUGGGGUUCAAGGUGACUAUCUCUUUAGUGUUCUAGGAAAUGAACGUGGUGGAAGUGUUGCCGGUAUUGUGUACGUAAGGGUCAUUAAAACCUACAGUGGCAACAUCCCAAUAUGGCCACUUAUUCCCAUAAUGGAUGGGGAUACUUUCUACAUGAUUCUUCAAGUUUUGGCUUGUUUUGUGUAUAAGAUGUGCUCCCAUUGUAUAUUUGGUAGAGACUGCCGUGCAUGAAUACGUAAGUCUCUAGUGGGAAUUGUACAUACUGGCAUAAGUAGUUUUAAUCCAUCUCUGUCAUUUGUCUAAAAUUUUUUCCGAAGGAUUUUAAUUAGUUUAUUGGUCGGUUGGUUGUUUGGUGUUGUUUUUUUCAGGACAGUGUGCUUUUAGUCUGUUCCAAAAAAGUGACAAUCCUGCUGGGGUGUGUGUGUAGAUGAACUGUAGAAAUGACUUUGUUGAUAUUUUUGUGUUGUGGAUUAGUGUUAUGGGCUGGGGCAUAGUGUAUCACACACACACACCCAAGUGUGUAUUUGCCUGCAACUGGGGACCCCCUAUUGUUCCUCUUUUGUUUGUACUUUAA